AUGGAGGUUGCCGGGCUCGCCGUCGGCGUCGUGGCGCUGGCGAGCAUCUUCAAAGACUGCAUCGACAUUAUCUCAAACAUAUCCGCCGUCCGGUCGAUGGGCCGCGAUGCUGAGGUGCUUAACACCAAGCUCGACAUCGAGAAGACCCUUUUCUUGCAGUGGGCCGAAGGGGUACGCCUGCUUAGGGGGGACUGUGACAGACGCCUUUACGAUGGUGUAAUCGGCCAGGCCGUCGAGAAAGUCCUGAACACGAUACGCAAGCUGGCCGAUGAGUCGGGCGAUAUUCAGACUCGCUAUGGCCUGCGGACUCCUCAGCAAUACGAGAAAAUCAUGGCUGCUGAUGAGACGGCCAUCUGCCACCCUCGCAUGGUCCGCUUCACCAAAGCCUUCGAGCAGCUCAUUAUUACUCAGGCGCGCCGACCGACCUCGACGUCCUCGCCCUUCGCAAAGAUCCGGUGGGUAGCUGUCGAUAAGGAAAAAUUGGAGCGCCUGAUCAACGACUUGUCCUACUUCAUAUCCAAGCUGAAUGAACUUGUGCCUUCAGCUGACAGCUCCACAUCGCUGUUCUCCAUGGCUGCCGAGGACAUCGGGCGGGUUGACGACUUCGCGAAGCUGCGCGUGCUGCGGAGCUCCGACUUUCGUUUUCAGCACGCAACGGGUCCAGAAUCAUACCUUAUCGAGGCGGCCAGGACUAGUUUCGAGACCAUGUGCAGAAAAAAGGUGCUGAAGACGCUCUGGUUCCUCAAGAUCGACGACAGAAGGACGUUCAUAUCCCCCGCACAUUCUGAGACGCUGCAGUGGGCAUUGAGACCGCCAGCUGCAGACCAGAGAUGGGCUGACUUCCCGGAAUGGCUCCGCUCCGAAUCAGGACUCUAUUGGGUGUCUGGAAAGGCCGGAUGUGGGAAGUCGACGUUGAUGAAGCACUUGUACCACCACAAAACCACCAAAAAACUUCUCUCCAAAUGGGCUGCCGGUUCUCCCUUGAUCACCGGCUGUUUCUUCUUCUGGUAUCUUGGCACUCCGGGGCAAAAGACGUAUGAGGGCCUUACCCGUACCCUCCUCUACCACAUCCUUGACAGCGACCCUUCCCUGAUCCCGCAACUGCUCCCAGAAAUGUGGCAGGAUGUUACGGAAUCUAACUCUGAGCCAUCCCUCACCCUGCCGACCUUUGCGGAAACACAAUCCGCCUUUGAGAGGUUGUCUCGGACACCGGUCAAGGUAUGCUUAUUUAUCGACGGCCUAGACGAGUACUCGGGCGACUUCCAAGAUGGCAUCUCGUUCAUCGAGUCUCUCUGUCGGCACCCGAACCUGAAAGUGGUGGUGUCGAGCCGGCCGGAGCCCGAUUUUAUUGAGGCAUUCGCAAGCAAGCCCAUGUUGCGGAUGCAAGAUCUCACCAAAUCAGACAUUAGGAAAUACGUGCUCGACUCGGUCGGUUCCCACCCCUACCUCCGCUCUCUGACACAGCGGAACCACACCCAAGACCGGGCCAAGCAGCUGCUGGCGGGCCUCAUCGACAAGGCGGAUGGUAUUUUCUUGUGGAUUGUCCUGGCGUGCCGAUCCGUGCUCAAAGGGUUUUCGAGGAGAGACCGGAUUCCGGAGCUGGAGCGCCGCGUGGCCAAGCUCCCGGAGGAGCUCGGGGCCAUGUUCGCUUAUAUGCUCGGCAAGAUCGACAAACGGUACCAAAUACACUGUGCCAAGUUCCUUCGCAUUUGUUUCGAGGCCCUCUCCGACAAGACCAUGACCGCGGGCGGCGUGCCCACGGUCGCCCUCGCCUUGCUUGAUGAGCACAGCGACAACCUCAUGAGCUGCCCGAGGCUGCCAGCGACCGCCCUCGGACCUGACGAAAUUGAAAACAUCCGCACGAGCUUUCCCGUGCGCUUGAGCAGCCUCUGCGGGGGGCUGCUGGAGAUACAGUGGGACGUGGGGCGGUUUGUGCCCGCGCCUUGGAACCCAGAUGGGGACCCUAUCGUCGAAACGCAGGUCGUCUUCAUCCACCGGUCUGUGGCUGAGUACCUCGACAGCGACGCGACUUGGGCCAUGGAGUGCCUGUAUAUCCCGCCCGGGGAAUUUGAUGCGCGGAUUGCGCUCGCGUGCCUCCCCAUGUACAUGGUCCAGCUGGGCCGCACGUCCGGCGACGGGAUCUACGGCGGUUUCCGGCUCCUGCAGGCUGCCCAGACCGAUGCGCCGCAUCUCGUGCGAGCGGCUCUCCUGGACUUUCAGGCCGUGGUCCCGAACAUGGAAUGCUUCCGGACGCCAACAGCGCAGUAUUUACGUCCCGGCCCGGAAAGUAGACACACCGAGGCCCCGCCGGACAUGGUCGCCCUAGUUCUAGCCGUCGAGCUGGGGGUGCUUUCGUUUGUAAAGAACUACGUGGCCACGCACCGGCGCGUUUCGAUCGCACGUCUGUCGCCCCGCUAUCCCCUACUAUACCACGCCAUUAAGCGGCCGUUGGUCUGCAGCAACACAGCGCACAGGUUCCAUGACUUCGGGCUAGAUGCGGAUAUGAUCCGCUAUCUUCUCCAGGCGGGGUGCCAAGCCAGCGAGAGGAUUCAAGUCAGCUCGUCGGCUUGGUGGGGUGGCACCGUCACGAUGACGCCCUGGGACGUGUGGACUGAUGGCGAGUGGGCUCGUAAUGGAAACAAUGUAGAGCUCUAUGUGGAACUUACCGAGGCCUUUGUUGAUUCCGGAACAAUCGACGGACGCUGGGCGCGGGACGCGAAACAUCCAGAUUUUAUGGCCGCUUUCCAGUCGAACUUGGUCGGAUUCAACCCUUCUAGGGUUGGUCAGUCGGAUAGGGAUGCACAGGAUAUCAGGCGGAGGGGUCAGCGAAUCUUGGAUAGAUUGUUUGGUACGGCCGUAGAAGUGGAUAAUCCCCGUGCUGUAAAGCGGCGGAGAUUGGGAUGGGGGCCCGGCUGCUCCUAG